CGACAAAAAAUCGAGAAAAAAAAUAAACAAGUGAAAAUUCAAAUGAAUUAAAUCUAAAAAACGAAAAAAAAAUAUUUUAAAUUAAAAAUAAAUUUGAAAUAAAUUUAAACACACAAAAAAAUACAAAAAUGGUCCGCAGCUUAUCACAGUGGACAAAAACCCUGAGCUUUCCGGCUCGUAUCUCACCAAACCGCAAUUCAAAGGAUAACGUUCACCCAAUUACACCGCCCCCACUAAUGCCCCGCAAAGAUAAGGGCAGCUCUUCGUCCCCAUCGCCACCACCAAAUGUACCAAUUACGGAAAUCAGCCAAAUUAUUUAUCCAGAUCCCGAGUCAGAAAAAGCCAUCAUGGGUUCGUUAGUGUUUUGUAUCCACCACAAAGAGGGAUGCAAAUGGUCUGAUGAACUGCGAAAAUUAAAGGCUCAUUUGAAUACUUGCAAGCACGAUGCCGUACAAUGUCCCAAUAAAUGUGGCGCUCAAAUCCCCCGAGUAAUGAUGAAUGAUCAUUUGGCCUUUACAUGCACACAGAGACGUGCCACAUGCGAAUUUUGUAACGUUGAAUUCACUGGACAAGGUUUAGAGGAACACGCCGGUUUGUGCACCCAAGAGCCAAUUUACUGCGAAAGCAAAUGCGGAAUUCGCGUGUUGCGUGGUCGCAUGUCAAUCCAUCGUGCCAAAGAUUGCGUCAAACGGAUGCGUCGUUGUCCCCAUUGCUCACGUGAAUUCUCCGCCGACACACUUUCCAUCCACGGAACCACGUGUCCUCGUAGUCCAGUGCCCUGUCCGCAACGUUGCGAAGCGGGACCCUUUGCGCGUGCCGACUUGGAAGCGCAUCUCCGUGAAGAAUGCAAAGCCUUGGCUGUUCCAUGCACUUUCAAGGAAGCUGGAUGCCGUUUCAAGGGUCCUCGUCAUUUAUUGGAUACCCAUCUCGAAGCCAAUUCGUCGUCACACUUGUCACUCAUGGUGGCUCUUUCGUCGCGCCAAAACCAACAAAUCCAGUCGCUCAAACAAGCCGUCGCCAAGUUGAGCACCAACUACACCGGCACCCUUUUGUGGAAGAUUAGCGAUUGGGCCGCCAAAAUGCAAGAAGCCAAGUCAAAGGAUGGCCUUGAACUUGUCUCGCCUCCCUUUUACACGAGUCAGUACGGAUACAAAUUGCAAGCCUCGAUGUUCCUCAAUGGAAAUGGUCCCGGCGAAGGCACCCAUGUCUCGGUUUACAUCAAAGUCCUGCCUGGCGACUAUGAUGCCUUGCUAAAAUGGCCUUUUGCGCACUCUGUCACCUUCACACUCUUCGAGCAAGGAGCCCAAGGUGGACAAGGAGGCGUCGCCGAAUCAUUCAUCCCCGACCCGAAUUGGGACAACUUCCAACGACCCAGCAACGAGCCCGACGCCCUCGGUUUCGGCUUUCCACGAUUCGUGUCACACCAACUUUUGGCCCAACGAAGCUUCGUGAAGGAAGAUACCGUCUUCUUACGCGUCAAAGUCGAUCCCAGCAAAAUCGUAGCCGUCUAAUGUAAAAAGAAACAACGUAGAAUUAAUUAUUUUUUAGGGGAAAAUGUACAUAAUUUCUGUAGUUUUUGUUCGAAGACGAUCUAAAAAUCGGCAUUUGUCAUUUGCGCGUGAUCCAAAAAAUCUGUAAAUAAGCGGAAAAUGCGGCUGCAGGGCCCAAAAAUGACAAAUGCCGAAAAUUAGCGAAUUAAGAUUGAUUUUUAAGAGAAAAAAAGUGUGAGAAAUUCAAAAUUCAAGGGAAGUAACUUUGAGUCAAACAACUGGAGUGUUUAGACAUCAAAAGUGAAGAAAACGGAAUUUCAUCGGAAAAAAAUAUCAAUUUUACAUGUAAAGUCAUAUUUUUAUACAUAAAAACUGAUGAAAUUCCCGCUAAAUGUUAGAUAACCAAAAAUUAUUUGAGAAUUAAUGUGGAAAGAGGUCUUCAACUGUAAUUAUCUACGAAACCUUUGUAAAAAAAAUCGACUAUUUUUAAGAGGAAUUUUAUGCCACACACUAACCGAGUCAAUAGUUUAUAAGGAAAAUCUAAAUUUUAUUAGAUAUUUUAAGCGAUCGAACGUAUUUUUAUUGCAAAAAUAUGGAAAAACAAGCUAAAUACCAACGACUUUAUGUACUUUUAGUAGGAUUUUAAGGAAAAGUUUUAGACUUAAUGUAUUUUAUACUUAAA